UCGUGUACGUGUACUACUGUACGCAUACCGCGCUGCACGUUGACGAUUGUGUAGUAUCCGGGUUUUCACGAAUACAUCCUCAUAAAACGGACCUCAAAUCUCACCAUUUUAUGAAGAUCUGAUCGAGAAAUUUAAAGAUUUAAAAGAAAUACUAACAAUAACCAAAUAUGUCAGCCAAGGCCAUCAGAGAGGCAGCAGGCAAGAACUUGCUACAACGGCAUCUACAGUGCGACGUCACUGCACCCAACAAGUGGGCCACGGUCACGGAAGAUGUGGACUGGGGUCAACUGACUGCGCAGAACCCCUGGCUGCUUACGGAGCGCCUGGUGGUGAAACCGGAUCAGUUGAUUAAGCGCAGAGGAAAGUUGGGCCUCAUCAAAGUCGGCGUUGAUUUACAAGGGGUCAAGGAAUGGCUGUCAACAAGACUAGGAAAGGACUUUGCGAUCGGCGAGGCCAAGGGGAAACUGACCAAUUUCAUCAUCGAGCCGUUCAUCCCCCACCAGCCCACGGACGAGGUCUACCUCUGCAUCUACUGCCAGAGGUCAUGUGACGUGGUCCUGUUCCAUCACGAGGGAGGGGUGGACAUUGGCAACGUAGACGCCAAGGCUGUAAAGUUAGAAGUGGGGCUUACAGAUGAUCUGACAGCCAGCACUGUGAAGGAGAAACUACUCGCAAAAGUUCCUGCAGGAAAACAGGACAUGAUUGCCAAGUUCGUGGAGGCUCUGUACAAGCAGUUCAGGGAUCAGUACUUCACUUACUUGGAGAUCAACCCACUGGUUGUGACAGAUAAAGUCUACAUCUUGGACUUGGCUGCCAAGAUUGACGCCACGGCCGAGUACAUCUGCAAGGGUCAGUGGGGGGACAUCGAGUACCCGCCCCCGUUUGGACGAGAGGCUUUUCCCGAGGAAGCCUACAUCGCUGAUUUGGACGCUAAGAGUGGAGCCUCCCUCAAGCUGUCCAUCCUGAAUCAUCAUGGGCGGAUCUGGACCAUGCUGGCUGGGGGCGGGGCCUCUGUCAUCUACAGCGACACCAUUUGUGACCUCGGCGGGGCCAAGGAGCUGGCCAAUUAUGGCGAGUACUCCGGAGCACCCAGCGAGCAGCAGACCUACGAGUACGCCAAGACAAUACUCAGUCUGAUGACUCGCGAGAAGCACCCGGACGGGAAGGUGUUGAUCAUCGGUGGCGGAAUCGCUAACUUCACCAACGUGGCUGCCACUUUCAAGGGUAUUGUAAGGGCACUCAAAGAAUACAAGACCAAGUUGAUUGAUAACGGAGUGUCCAUUUUCGUCAGGAGGGGCGGUCCCAACUACCAGGAGGGGCUGAGGGUCAUGAGAGAACUAGGGAGUUCUCUGGGUGUCCCCAUGCACGUCUUCGGCACAGAGACCCACAUGACGGCGAUCGUAGGCAUGGCGUUGGGCAAGCGCGAGAUCCCCACCGUCACGACGGCAAAAGACCAGACAACCGCCAGUUUCUUGCUCGCCGGAAGUGCUUCCAAAAAGACUGUUGAAAGUACCGACAAAGAUAAGCCAACCAACCAGCCAUCUUCCAAGGCCGCAGAUGCGGCAAACAGUGCGCCCUCUAGUGACAAGAAUGGUCUCAGUCAGGCGGCCGGCGGGACCGUGGCCGGUGGUGAUGCCAGUGCUAAGAAGCCACUGUUCACUAAUACGACUAAGAGCCUGUUGUACGGUAUGCAGCCCCGAGCUGUCCAGGGCAUGCUGGACUUUGACCACUCCUGCCGACGUGAAGAGCCCUCUGUUGUCGGCAUGGUCUAUCCAUUCAGCGGCGAACACAAACAGAAGUUCUACUGGGGCCACCGUGAGAUCCUUAUCCCCGUCUACAAGAGCAUGGAGAAAGCCAUGAAGAUACACCCGGACGUGGAUGUCAUGAUCAACUUUGCCUCGCUGCGGUCGGCGUACGACAGCACCAUCGAAACCAUGGAGUACCCGCAGAUUCGCACCAUCGCCAUCAUAGCAGAAGGAAUCCCGGAAAACAAGACGCGCAUGCUGAUCAACAUCGCCAAUGAAAAGGGAGUGACUAUCAUUGGCCCAGCUACGGUUGGUGGCAUCAAACCAGGCUGUUUCAAGAUCGGCAACACGGGAGGCAUGCUGGAUAACAUCCUAGCAUCCAAGCUCUACCGCCCUGGCAGCGUGGCCUACGUCUCUCGCUCAGGCGGGAUGUCUAACGAACUGAACAACAUCAUCUCUCGGAACACUGAUGGAGUGUAUGAGGGUGUGGCUAUCGGUGGCGAUAGGUAUCCAGGCACAACUUUUGUGGAUCACAUGCUUCGUUACCAUGACGACCCGAGUGUCAAGAUGCUGGUCAUGCUCGGAGAGGUUGGCGGAGUUGAAGAAUACGAGAUCUGUAAGGCCAUCGAGACCGGCCGCAUCAAUAAGCCGGUUGUCGCGUGGUGUAUCGGGACUUGCGCCACCAUGUUCUCGUCAGAAGUGCAGUUUGGUCACGCCGGGGCCUGUGCCAACGCCGAGAGCGAAACGGCCUCGGCCAAGAAUCAGGCGCUGCGAGUUGCCGGGUCCUACGUGCCGAACAGCUUCGAUGAUCUGGACAAGAAGAUCAAUGAGGUGUACCAGCGCCUGGUGGCAGAAGGGGUGAUAGUACCCAAGCCGGAGAUUCCCCCACCCACAGUGCCAAUGGACUACUCAUGGGCUAGGGAGUUGGGAUUGAUUCGUAAGCCAGCCUCGUUCAUGACCAGUAUCUGUGACGAGAGGGGCCAAGAGUUGAUCUAUGCCGGCAUGCCCAUCACCGAGAUUUUCAAAGAGAGCAUCGGCAUCGGAGGGGUGCUGUCACUGCUGUGGUUCCAGAGAAGACUACCAGCCUAUGCAACCAAGUUCAUUGAGAUGUGCUUGAUGGUUACCGCUGAUCACGGCCCGGCCGUCUCCGGGGCCCAUAACACCAUAGUAACGGCCAGGGCCGGCAAAGAUCUCAUAUCUUCACUGUGCUCGGGACUGCUCACCAUUGGUGACCGAUUUGGUGGCGCGUUGGAUGCCGCGGCCAAGCAGUUCAGUGAGGCCUACGACUCGGGGCUCAUCCCCCACGACUUUGUCAACAAGAUGAGGGCGGAGCAUAAGCUCAUCAUGGGCAUUGGACACAGGGUCAAAUCGAUCAACAACCCAGACAUGAGAGUUGUGAUUCUGCAGCAGUACGCCCUAGACAACUUCCCCGAAGCUCCCCUCCUGAACUACGCACUCCAAGUAGAGAAGAUUACCACAGCAAAGAAACCGAAUCUGAUCCUGAACGUGGACGGGCUGAUUGGCGUUGCCAUGGUAGACCUGCUGAGGCAUUGUGGGGCAUUUACUCAAGAGGAAGCCACCGAGUUCAUCGAGAUUGGCGCCCUCAACGGCCUAUUUGUGCUCGGUCGCAGCAUGGGCUUCAUCGGACACUUUUUGGACCAGAAGCGUCUGAAGCAAGGCCUGUACAGACAUCCCUGGGACGACAUUUCCUACAUCCUGCCGGAAAUGGAAUAGGCCAAAUAACAUGCACAUUCCAUUGUACUUUGGGAGAGACCAUUAAUUGUCAGAGGGAGAUCAGUGAGAAGAAUUAUUUAUUGAGCCAGUGGGUGUCCAACAUUCCAAUUCCCUUUUUUUUAAGAAUAGAGCAAGCCAUAAUAAAACACAGAUGUUUAUCAAACAGUACAGUUCUCCAGCAUUAUUGUAUUUUCUGAAGGUCAGGGGAAGUGUAUUUUUAACUUCAAGUUUGGAUUAGUGCCAUCAGCUUAAAAUCUUGGAAGCAGAAGUUGUCAUUAGGAUAAUUUUUUCCAGUAAAAUUAUGAUUUUCAAAAUAAAGUUGUCCAAGUGAAUGUAUUUAAGCUAGAAAGUGGUCACCGGAUAGUGGAAAAAGCCUUAACCAGUUCGCGCUGAAUGAAGUGUAUACCCGCAAAUGUUUUGCAGUAUUCAGAACGGAUGACAGAUAAACUCGCAGGGAGCGAGACUGGAAAAAUCUGUCAGUGACCCGCUCGCAGCGAGCGAGGCCGGAAAUAUGAGUGUGCUGCCCGAGGGUGAUGGCUUCAACCCGCCUGGCUUGAGGUCGAGUGAAAAUUAAUGCUGCGCCUCGUUCUGUUCUUGUCAAAAUAAUCCCGGCGCGAACUGGUUAACAGAAAAAAAAAUAUCUGUUGGUUAGAAGAACCCUAAAUUCUAAAUGUUGGUAGAAUGAGCUACAUUGCUUAAUUGUUUUGUUUUAAGAAUUACAGGUUUUCUGCAUUUCUAAAACUGUGUGUAAAUACAUGAUAUAUGAUAUAAUUCUUAUAUCAUAAUGUCACAUUGUGAAAUUUGCGGAGAAAGAUUACAAAACCAGAAACUAAUUCUUUAAGAAAAAUUCCAGAAGAUCAACUCUUAAAAUCUGAUUGUUUUUACAACUACAUGCAUGUAUUGAAAAGGUAUACGCAAGUUAAAGCAUCUGUAUACAAACUGUGAAAUGCAGUUGAAACUUCUCGAAAAAAAACCUCAUUUUGGAACUUCCUGAUAAUGUUCUGUAUUUGCACCAGUGGUGGUUCCCCUAGACAUUCCCAAAGUCUCCCGGUAUGUCUUGGAGGUCAAGGGUGGCCUCCUUAGGUCAGGGGUCACCCAUAGAGCCACACACAUGAGAGGUGUACGGGACAGGAAGCAGGAACUCGUUGGAGAUCGGAUUUGAUUGGAUAAGUGGUGUAUGAGGAAGUGGCUUUCUUUUUCGCUUUUCGAUUGGAAAUCACUUUUACUUUUCCUGAAAGUUUUUAAAGAUUGGUAGUAGGUACAGUUUUGUUUAACUGUUAAAUUCUGUGAUAUUCGCAAGUCCCCUUCAGAUACAUGUAUAUUGCCAAAUUCCAAAAUUAGUUAGCUGGCUUGUCUAUAAUGUGAUUGUGUACUGUUCAGCCAUUUUAAUUUUGGCAAAAACCCCCAAUGUCGAUAUAAGCUCAAUUUUAGAUGCUAUGUAAAUUUGCAGCAUAACACUGCACAGAAUUAUCAGGUUUCAAAUUUUUGACACUCAAAAGUAACAUUAUUUAAUUCACGUGUAAUUUCUUCCAGUCAAAACCACGCAGACUGGAUACUAUAUCUUAUAUGAUUUACAGUUUCCCUUCACUCUGUGAGGGUAAAUAUGGGGUAGGUACCAUGACAACGUCAUGCCUGGCUUACUGAUCCAGGCUUCGAUAUCAAACCAAGGGAUCAAAGUUCAAAGAACUUCACAAUUGAUGUGUUUGACUUAAUUCAUUUUGUAGCACUGUACCAUAGUUGUUUCGGAAAAUUACAUAUUUGUUUCGUAGCGUCAGUGCUUGCAUUUAUAUUGAUACAUUAUGACUCUAAUGUUAAAUUUAUGAGGGGAAAGGGCUGUAUGGGCCUUAUUCACGAGUUGGCCAUUUUUGUCGAGUUCCCUGAACCUAUUUCAUUAAGUGUUAACUGUUCAAUGGGAUGGCGCCAGACUAUUUAUGCAGGCACAAUGCAGAAUUAUUUUACUGUCUUUUUUUUUUAAUCUGGCUUUAAACAUUAGAGAAUUUUUAAUUACAAAUUUAAAAUUACUGAAGCAGACUGGAAUUAAUUAGAAAUCAACAUGCUUUCAUGCUUUCAUUUCUCUUCGCAAAUUCCAAAAAUUAAGAUUUAACCUCACUUCCAAUUCAAUAUGGCCGACUCGUGAAUAAGGCACAUGCAUGGCAGCCAUCUUUGAGGGCAGUAAUUUUAUUUCGGUGGGAUAGACGCGAGUUUCAUUUUUGUGAAUUCAUUACGUCUAAAUUGAAAUUACCACAGAUUCCCUCUUAGAUGGCAGUGGUGUGUUUAAAUACAACUCAGUUGAAUUAUUUAAAGAUUAAACAUAUUUUAUACAAGAUAUAGCUAUUGAGAGUAAAUUCAUUAACUUUAGUAUGUUAUUGUCAUUGCUACAUGUACCAUUGUGUGUAUAAACGUUUAAAAAUUAUGGCAAUAUUUCUGUGAACUACACAAAUGAUUAUGUGGUGGGUUAAUAAAUAGAAUUAGCUGUGAAAAUCGAA